GCGAGGGAUGGCCUGAGCAGCUGCCCCCGUCGGGCAGGAUGCGUGGGGGCUGCAGAGCGGCGGUGGCCGUGCCCUGGUUGGCCCUGCUGGCCCUGGCCCGGCAGCCCCCUGAGAAGCCAGCAGCAGCCCCGGUGCUCACCCGUCGGCCCUUCCUGGUGGCCUGGAAUGUGCCCACCCAGGACUGCAAGCCCCGCUUCCAGGUGUCCCUCGACUUCAGCCUUUUUGACCUGCAUGCCUCACCUAAUGAGGGCUUUGUGGGGCAGAACCUCACCAUCUUCUACAAGGAGCGCCUGGGGCUCUACCCCUAUUACAACAGCCAGCGUGUGGCCAUCAAUGGUGGUGUCCCCCAAAAGAGCAGCCUCUCUGAGCACCUUGCCCGCCUCCAUGUGGGCAUCAGCAAGUACAUUCGUUCGUCUGCUAUGGAGGGGCUAGCCAUCAUUGACUGGGAGGAGUGGCGACCCAUCUGGGCUCGAAACUGGAAGCCCAAGGACAUCUACCGGGAGGAAUCACAGCGAUUAGUGUACCAGCGACAGCCCGACUGGUCCCCUGAGGAGGUGAACAAGCAGGCAGUGUUUGAGUUCGAGUCAGCUGCCCGGCAGUUUAUGGUGAACACCCUGCGUGUGGCCAAGAGCUUCCGACCCAAGCAACUCUGGGGGUUCUACCUCUUCCCUGACUGCUACAACCAUGACUACAGCAAGAACAAGGAGAGCUACACUGGGCAGUGUCCAGAUGUGGAGAAGACACGUAAUGACCAGCUGGCAUGGCUCUGGAGGGAGAGCAUGGCCCUCUAUCCCUCCAUCUACCUCGACGUACUCCUAGCCUCCACUCCAAACAGCCGCAAGUUUGUGCGGGCACGGGUGAUGGAGGCCAUGCGCAUCUCACAGCAGCACCAUGAUGGCUACUCCCUGCCCGUCUUCGUCUACACCAGGCCCACCUACAUCCGCAAGAUGGACCUACUCAGCCAGCUGGACCUGAUUUCCACCAUCGGUGAGAGUGCAGCACUGGGUGCAGCUGGGGCCAUUUUCUGGGGUGAUGCAGACUACACCAAAAACCGGGACUCAUGCCAAGUCAUCAAGAACUACCUGGAGGGGGACCUGGGCCGCUACAUAGCAAAUGUCACAACAGCAGCGCAACUCUGCAGCACAACACUGUGCCAGGGCAGGGGCCGCUGCAUGCGCCGGGACAGCACUGCUGAUGUCUUCCUCCACCUCAACUCCACCAGCUUCCAGCUGCGGCGCCGGGAUGGAGACCACCCCCAGUACCCCCUCUUCUGGGCUGAGGGCCAGCUGUCUCCUGCCGACACCCUCUUCUUACGGACCCACUUCCACUGCCACUGCUACCAGGGCUGGCAGGGCAGUGGCUGCCAAGUGCCUGCUGGCCCCCACAGUGAUGCUCCUGGCCCUCUGGCACCACUGGGACUUGGGAUGCUGUUGCUGUUAGCAAGCUGGCACUAACCUCUCCCGGGACUGAGCUGCCCCCCUGCCCCACACCUUUCUGUCAUGGUGUAGGAGACAUUUAAAAUCUCUCUACCUUGCCUGUGAGGCAGCUUCUUAUGGGGGGCUGUCCCUCACUGUGGCAGGACAGCUGUGUAGCUGCCCCACUUCUAUCCUUCCUGCUGUGGCAGGUGCCCCCCAUGGGGA